AGCCAGAAUAUAAUAAAGAAUUCAAUGAACCUGAAGAAGUGCUUAAUCUCUCCACUAAUCGUUGGAUUAAAAGAAAAGGAAAAUUAUAUAAUAGAUUGUUACGUGAAGAAUAUAAAUAUGCCAGAGAUCUUACGCAUUAUUUAAAAGAUAUUCCACCAAUCGAUUUAGAUGAAUAUG